AUGGACGAGGGCGAGGGCGAGGGCGAGGACGAGGACGAGGUGGAGAGGGUGGAGGAAGAACUUGGAGGGCGAGGAGAAAUGGAGCUGGAUGAGUUCUGCCAGGAUGACUUCGACGUCAAGCGCUGGGUCAACGAGCAAGUACGCUCCAGCACCGCCCUUGCAGAGGCCGCAGGGCACGUGAAAGGGUCGAAUGUAGAUGAUCACCUGGCAACCCUCGUGGUGAAGCUUCAGCUGCUGAGCCAGUCGACGAACAAGUCCAUAGAUGACUCGGCUGUCAAGCUUCUCUCAGAGCUACCCAAGGCCAUGAUAGAUAUACAGCGAGUGGGGAGCGAUGCCGAGCUGCUGGCACAUCAGAUGGCACAGGUGCUCGACAAGGUGUCGGAGGUCGAGAGGAGCGGGCAGCAGACAGUCGCGGCCUUGGCUACCUUGGAUGCGAUCAAGACGAGGAUGGAGGAAUGCGCUCAUGCGCUGGGAGAGGCUGACAAUUUGACGAGGACGCUCGCGCAGAUUGAGCCUCUCUUUCAGGUGGAUGAGCUGAAGCAGAUCGCUGCUCGACUGGGCAGUCUCAGACGAAGCUUGCAAGCCAUGGGGAACCUGGAAGAGUUCAGUGAGGCAGCCAACACGCUGAAGUCUUACGAGGAUCGACUAGAGAAGCGUAUGAGCUCGAAGCUAAAGGAGGGGAUCGAGCAGCUGGACGUCCAGGCCACGAAGGACUGUCUCGAGAUUUACGAUCAGAUGCAGGUGGUUGCUGGGUAUCCUGUUGGGGAGAGGAGGGAUAUUCUGAUCACCCGAUACGUUCAAGCUCGCAAGCCCCAUCUGAUCAAGGUCCUCAAGAGAGAUUGGCAGGGACUGUUGGUGAUGUUCAAUCAGAUCUAUUCGACCUUCUCCGAGUCAAAGUCUGUGGAGUACCUUUCUCGUCUGUCCACUCUGAAAGAGGAUUUCGAGAAAGCUCUGCAGACGGAGAUGGAUUGGUGUAUCCAAGUGUUUCCAGACAGUGCUAUCUUUGUCUCCUCUCUUUGGAUUGAUUUUAUCAAGACCAUCUCGACCCCAUUUCAAAACUCAAUGUCAGAAGAGUUCUUCGAAGCAAGCAAGACAAACGAAAAUUUCCACACAGUCAAGAACAUCUUGGUCGAAAUUUCGAACAUUGCGAUCACUGUUGGAGAUUUGCUUUCAAGGAACAAACUGCAAGAGGUACAAACUGAUGUCAGCCAAGCGAUCAUAACGACCAUGUCUUUGAUUGAACGCGUUCAGAAGGAUUAUCCAGCAAAGGAGGCAAAGAGACUGGAGAAAGAAUUCGAGAUGACAAAGAGAAGUUUGAAGGAGAUGCACACCUUCGGGGAGAGUUUGGAUCUCUUUGAGACCGUCACGUCCAAGUCCUUCGCUUCCCUGAGAGCAGCAGGGGAGCAUUCGAUCGAGUUCACUGGGGGGGCAGAAGCUGUGACGACGGCUCGCAUGGUCGAUGAAGCAUUCGGCAGCUUUCUGCAGGCGUUGGGGGCAGGGGUUGAGCGUCUGCGGGAGAUCGCGAAGCUGGACGAGGCGCGGAAGGGAGGGGAGGUGAAGGCGAAGAGCAGCAGCGACAAGGAGGGAGGAGAGAACGACGAGAUGCGAUUGGUUGAUGAGGCCGACUCGGAUAUGCUGGACCUUGUCGAUGGCAAUGAGAAAGAUUGGACGUUCCUGCAGGGUGCCAUUUCUCUUCUGUCUUUGGCCGACGCGCUUCCCAAACAGCUGCAGGAGCUUGAUGAUCGUAUCAAAGAACUCGUUUGCAGAUUCGGACAGCAGCUGUUUGAACCCACAACCAUCAAGUCUGCAAUGCAGUCGCCGCCCGUCCGCUACAUCUUGUCAGAUGCUCAACGGCUCCCGGCUCUCGAGAAGCUGAUCGCCAAGUCCAAGACGAAAGAUUUCAUCUGUCUUGUCAGGAGCCCGUCGAUGUUGCAGUCGCAUCGUGCUAAGGUUGAACUUCUUCUACAAGACACGGCGUUGAGCUUUGUUCGCCGCCAACUGAUCAACGUCGCUAAGUUGCAAGUGUGGGGUGAGAACAAAAAGAAAGGUCACCUCCCGUCCUUCUCCUCCUCUCCUCUCCCGCACGUCACCAACAUCGCCGAGCAUCUCUUCUCCUUGCCGGAGCAGCUCGACCCUGCGGCGCACGACGAGGUCCCCUGCUCCACUUCAGCUGCUCUCCAGCUCACUCAGCCGCAGAACGUGGACGAAGGAAGCUCCGAGCACAAGUUCAUGCAGAAGUGGCUCUCGAGGAUCACCGGGGAGGUUGUGAGCCUCUACGUGGAGAAGAUUCUCGAGAUACCCGCGCUCUCACCUUCAGGUCGCGUCCAGCUGGGCACAGACAUCCAGUACAUCUCUUCCAUCCUCGACACUCUCGGGGCACCAGGUCUCGAGAGGCUGGAGCAGCUCCGCAAGCUAGUGGAGGCAGCCGACUCGGAGUUCGCACAGGCUUGUCUGACGGUCCCAGCGCUCGAUCGCAACGUCGUGGACAAGGUUGCGCGGCAGCGAAUGGCAGGAGGAAGCGCGAAGUAG